UCCACCUCGUUGCGGAACUCUGUGUAGGUGUACCGUGCUCCAGUCUCGUUGUGGACGAGCGCUUCCCGGUCUGAGAAGCGUUCGACCUGCCGGUCGAGCAUGUCCCCGAUGGUGCUGUUGACGUCUACCCCGCUGCCGGAACCGUUGACGCUAGCGUUAUCUGCCAUGAUCUGCCUCGUCAAUUGCGUUAUGCGCUUGGUGUCGAAAUGCAAAGGUCCAAUUGCACCUGACUUGAUUGAGCUUGAUUAUACUUUAGCGGCGCAACCCGAAAUACUGACACGAUACACGCCUCCAGCAGUGUAAAAUGGGCGCCAAGUCCGGGUGAGCAGACGCCCACGGUAACCUUUCCCACAGCGCGAGAUAGAUAUGAGACAGACAACCGCCGAUUUGCUGUUUAACGGUAGUCCACCGCCCUUUGAAAGACACGCCGUAACCGCGCUGCAGUCUGUGCAGCGAAGCUUCCGCACUGGAGUGGCCGCAUCUCCCAUUGGCGCCGAGUUCACGGAGAGCGACGCCUACAAUACGCAAUACCACUUCCUUCAACAACUGCAGCCCAUUGAAGCCAUAUCGGGCCAUAAGGUCGCUUUGACCACCAAGGCCUCGCGGGAACACCUUGGGGUCCACGAGCCCUGUUACGGCCAUAUACUUAGCACAUGCGUCUACGAGAACAACGCAGACGUGCCUAUAGGCAAUCUGGCCUCGCCCCACAUCGAGGCCGAGGUCGCGUUUGUUAUGGGCGAGGACCUGCAGGGGCCCGGAGUAACACCCGUCGACGUGAUGGCCGCGACAUUGGGCGUUCUACCGUCGCUGGAGUUGGUGGACUUGAAGGUGCAGGGAAAGGGCAUCAGUGCUACUGACGUCAUUAUCCACAACGCCCUGCACGGUGGUCUCGUGGUGGGAUCUCGACUGCGCUCCCUGGAAGAUCUGGACCUGCAGUACGAGGGUGUUACCGUCGAGUUCAACGGCGAACUGCACGGCUCCGGAACGGGAUUCGAGGUGAUGGGUAACCCGAUCAAUCCCGUGGUGUGGCUCGUCAACAAGCUUGCCGAGUUCGGAGACUACCUGCGGGCUGGAGAGACCAUCAUCUCCGGCUCAAUGGUCACCCCGGCGGAACUCAAGCCCGGCGAUUCCGUGAAGGUCACCUAUUCUCGGAUGGGCACCGUCGGCGCUCGGUUCGUUACGUAG